AGUUGACCGCAUUCAUUUAAAUUUAUUUAUUAGAAUCUUCGUAGUUUUAAGUAUAAAUAUGUCUGAUAACGAAUCACUAGAAAAAGACGAAUCCCAAACUAACGAAGAUCCUCCAGAGCAAUCGAACGAAACGCCUGUAACUUGGAAAGAUUUGGGUCUUGUAGAUGUUUUGUGCAAGGCCUGCGAGCAAUUGCAAUGGAAGGAACCCUCCAAAAUUCAGAAAGAAUCAAUUCCGCUGGCUUUACAAGGCAAAGACAUCAUCGGUUUGGCCGAGACCGGUUCAGGAAAAACGGCCGCAUUCGCUUUGCCUAUAUUACAAGCCCUGCUAAGCAAUCCCCAGAGAUAUUUCGCGUUGAUUCUAACGCCUACCAGAGAAUUGGCUUUUCAGAUAUCCGAGCAAUUCGAAGCUCUAGGUUCUAGUAUAGGCGUAAAAUGCGCCGUUAUCGUAGGAGGCAUGGACAUGAUGUCCCAAUCGCUCAUCCUAGCCAAAAAGCCCCACAUUCUCAUCGCCACCCCCGGCCGUUUGCUCGAUCACCUCGAAAACACCAAGGGCUUCAGCCUGCGAGCUCUGAAGUUCCUCGUCAUGGACGAAGCCGACAGAAUUCUCAAUAUGGAUUUCGAGGUGGAAGUCGAUAAAAUAUUAAAGGUGAUACCCAGAGAACGAAGGACCUACCUCUUUUCCGCCACCAUGACCAAGAAGGUUAAGAAACUCCAAAGGGCCUGCUUGCAGGAUCCCGUUAAAGUCGAAGUGUCGAGCAAAUAUCAGACGGUCGAUAAGCUACAACAGUAUUACGUUUUCAUUCCUGUAAAGUUUAAGGAUGUGUAUUUGGUACAUAUUCUGAACGAGCUGGCUGGUAACAGUUUUAUGAUCUUCUGUUCCACUUGCAACAAUACCAUCAGGACGGCUUUGAUGCUCAGAAAUUUAGGUUUAACGGCCGUACCAUUGCACGGACAAAUGUCCCAAAACAAGAGAUUGGCAGCCCUGACAAAGUUCAAAGCGAAGAGUCGUUCGAUAUUAAUAUCCACCGACGUAGCUAGCAGAGGUUUGGACAUUCCACACGUGGAUGUGGUGAUAAAUUUCGACAUACCCACGCAUAGUAAGGAUUAUAUUCAUCGAGUGGGUCGAACAGCCAGGGCAGGAAGGUCCGGGAAGGCUAUAACCUUCGUAACACAAUACGACGUGGAGUUGUAUCAGAGAAUAGAGCAAUUAAUCGGGAAGCAAUUGCCCUUGUACGCUACAGAAGAGGAUGAAGUGAUGGUGUUGCAAGAGAGGGUGGCCGAAUCGCAAAGGAUAGCGAAAAUGGAGAUGAAGGAUUUGUCGGAUAAAAAGGGCGGGAAAAGGAAGAAGGGAGGAGGAGGAGACGAUGAUGAUGAUACAGAAGGUGCGCUCGGCGUGAGGAAACGUCUAAAAGGCAAACAGAAGAAAACUGGGAGGAAAAAAUAAAACGAUUCGUUUAGUUUUUGUAUUUAAAUUAACUAAUAAAAAGACUUUGGUGUGUAAUUUAUACAAUUGGAUUACAUUACGAUUGCUUUGGUAAAUACUACCUGGAGGAUAUAUACAUGUAUGUAAGAAUAAGUUGAAACAAAAAUAUUACUAUUACAUAAAAAAAUCGUAUUAUUUGGUACAAUAAGUACGGAACGUUUGCGGUAACUCAUCUAAUCUUAAAACCUCAAAAAUUCGUCGAAAUUUCGUUUCGGUAAAUUUCCAAGGAAUCCACGAACUCCUCGUACUCCGCCUCUUGGGCCCCCGGCCUAUCGACGCCCGACGAGAUCGAUCUCGGCUCCGCGUAGAUUUCGUUCUCCACCGAACACUCGUCGGGCUCCUCGCGCUCCUUGAUCCUCGAUCUCCUAUUGACGAAUUUGCAAUACUCGGAGCCCUCGCCCAUUUCCAACGAAUCCGGCGUGAUGCUGUGCAAUUGAGAGGGCGAGCACGGCCUGGAAGUCGACGAAUAAGAAGAGGUGUUACAUUCUCGCUUUUAAUUUAACUUAAAGCAUUGGCGUGGAGACAUCUAUAGAGUAUAUAAAGGACAUUCGCUCGCUAGGCGAUGACGUCACAAGCCGACAUGUUGCAACGUUGUCGGGUUGAAAUGAAAAUCUUGAUGUGACAGAUAUGUUUAAUUUAAGGUUAUGUUUACUUUCAUUGUUUAGAAUUUAAAAAGAAGAAAUGCAUUAGGUUGCAAUCCGAUUGACGGGAGAGGUGUUUAUUUGCAACGCUUUACAACCCUAUAAAACGGAAAUAUACAUUUAAAAAAGUUUAACAUAACCUAUAAAUUUCAAUGUGCUGAACUAUCGAAAACAAUGAUCGGGAAAAAAGGGCCUACAUCGUCCCGUUCCCUCUCAAAAUAGGUCGAAAAACCACCGAAAAUCGCGGGAGAAACUGUCGAUAAAAGUACAAAAACCGCACGAAAAACUAUCUAGAACGAACGAAAAACACAAAAACUACUCGUAAACUUGAAAAAAUACAGAAAAAUCGCGCAAAAACAACAAAUUGUAGUCACAACCUGUCAAAAUGUCAACUACAAAGCGCCGCUAAAUAUUGCGAAUGUUGAGACUAAAUGCAUGACAACAUCGCUUUCGACUGUCAACUACGC